AAUUCACACCCGUAAACCAUUUGUCUUUGCCUCUUCUUCCUUGGCCUAUAAAUACCCCCACAUGCGUAGUUCACUUCUGUGAUUCUCUCAGCUCUUGCCUUAAAUUCGAAAACAUCCAACUCCCAGAAAUUAAAUAUGGCGAAGAUGGUUGCUCUGUUCUUGAUGAUCUCUCUCCUCCUCUGCUCGACUUUAGCCUUUGGCGCGCGACCCGAACCAGCCUUUCCUCAAGAAAACCCCGUGACAUCUGGCCAUGAGAAGGUUGAGGCAGAGCACGUUGAGGGGUUUGAAGAGAGCUGCGAAGGAGUUGGCGAGGAGGAAUGCUUGACGAGGAGGACUCUCGCUGCUCACAUCGAUUAUAUUUACACUCAAAAGCAGAAACCCUGAAAACAAAAGUUGGAUCCUGUGCAAUAUAAUGUAAUACAACGGUAUAUAUAUUAAGUAAAACAUCGUCUUCAUCGAGUAA